CACACAAUAAAAAUUUGUUUCUGCCACUUGAUAGUAUUCGUUGUUUGGGUCAAUAUCAGCCAUUGGAGCUAUGUUAGGAGCGGUUUUGAGUGGGAAGAUAGCCUAUCUCCUCGGCAGGCAAUGUGGUUUGCUGAGUUGUUCAAUCUUGUCGGUUGGCUUGCGAUAGCCUUCUCUAAGAAUGCUUGGUGGCUUGAUAUCGGGAGGCUGUCAACGGGAUUUGGGAUCGGACUUCUUUCAUAUGUGAAAUCACGCCUAAGAAUCUCCGAGGAGCAUUUACAGCUGUUAAUCAGGGACUAUUCCGUGCCUUGUACAGCUCGUGGGCCUUUUUUCGUGCCAGAGUCUCCUCGAUGGCUGGCUAAGGUUGACAAGUGGGAAGCCAGUGAAGCAUCUUUGCUACGCCUUAGAGGAAAGAAGGCUGAUAUUUUCGAAGAAGCAGCUGAAAUCAGAGAUUAUACUAGAUCCCUCGAGCAACUGAAGGAAUCCGGCCUAAUGGACUUGUUUCAACGAAAAUAUGCCCACUCGCUUAUAGUUGGAGUAGGGCUAAUGGUUCUGCAACAAUUUGGAGGAGUCAACGCAAUCGCCUACUAUGCAAAUGCUAUAUUUUCCUCAGCAGGCUUUUCGGAUAAAGUAGGAACAACAUCAAUGGUCAUUGUUCAGGUCCCGCUUACUGUUUUAGGGACACUCUUGAUGCAUAAGUCUGGACGGCGCCCACUACUCCUGGUCUCUGUAGCAGGAACAUUCUUGGGUUGCUUGACUAUUGCAUUAUCAUUCCUGUUACAGGACCUUAAGCUAUGGGAUUCAAGCCCCUUUCUUGCAUUUGUUGGUGUCUUGGUAAUCAUACGAAGCACGUCUCAAAAGUUGAAAGGAGGAACACAGUCUACCACUGAGUAAUUUCUUGUGCUUUGAUCAGAUAUUUGGAGGUUCGUUCUCCUUGGGAAUGGGAGGCAUCCCGUGGGUCCUGAUGUCCGAGAUAUUUCCGAUAAAUGUGAAGGGAGUAGCAGGAAGCAUGGUGACAGUGGAAAUGGAAAGAAAGGGGGAUUGGAAAGAUAUAACUCCGAUGAGCCUAUCGUUUGUUGUGUAUAUCUAUAUGCCACAGAAGACUGUAUGCCAUCAGUGUGCAUAGAUGCUGAUUGCUGGACUACCUUGGUGACAAUAGAAGAAUAUUCUAGAUCAAUCAAUCAUGUAUUUUAUGCUGUGAUAUAUGUAUAUCCAUGUGAUUCCUAUAUAUUUUGCACCUAGAUUACUUUUGUAACAAUAUGAUAGAAGAAAUCAUUGAACACAAGUCAUCAAGUUCUAAGAAAUUGAGGAGAAACUUCACCUUAAACAGCUCUGAAACAGAGGAAUUAAAGGCAUACAAAAGCGCAAUCUGAAAUGGGCUGUUAAAUAAAAUUCUGAGAGCACGCUUACAGAGUUGAGCAAUCGGCAACAGCAUCUCAUUAGAGAGCAACAAACUUGAUAUGUAUAUUGCUCACCACUCAUCAGUCAUCUUUCUGCCUUUUCUGCU